CACAUAGGUUACAGUAAAAUAUUCAGCGAUCGAAAAUCGUUUGUUAAUUAUACAGUUGUGUCGUGCUUGGACUCACUGGUAAUAUAGUUGCUUUUUUUUUUAUAAAUAAAGAAGAAAGAAACAUUCACAUCGACGCAACUCAAAAUCGUUCCCUGUGGUUAUUUUUUUACGGGGUCGUCAAAAUUUGGAGAAAAACCGCAGACAAAAAUGUUUGAAUAUUGACUUGGACCGACCAUUUGGGCUAUGAGCACUACCUUGAGGAUAGUAUCUUCCACAACUGUGUGUACUUCUGAAGUUUUUACCUAAAACCAAUGGAUUCCAGAAUUGCGCUCACGUGUUUUUUACUAAGUACGCUGUUUCGGACAUCUUGGAGCCAAAACGUACCUGAAACAGUUCUAAACUGUUGUGAAGGCGAUGUCUUGUUCCUGCUAGACUCCUCUGGUAGCGUGGCAUCUUAUGAGUACACGCGGAUGCUCAGCUUCCUGUCGGAGCUGCUUCAGCCUUUCUCUUUAGGCCCUGACCAAGUGAGGGUGGGCCUGCUGCAGGUUGGGACUGAGCCUCGCCUAGAGUUUGAUUUUGGGGCUCACAGCUCCCAGGAGGGUUUACAACGGGCUCUACAGAGGACUAAACAGCUUGGGGGAGACACCAACACAGAAGAAGCUCUGCUCAUGGCCCGGGACCAAGUACUGAGACCAGGAGCACCAGGAGGAACGAGACCAGGGCUUCCCACAGUCCUCGUCUGGCUUACUGACGGAGUGGAACCUGGUGAUAUAGAAGAACAAAUGGCUCAGCUGCGGGAGGAAGGUGUGUCCGUCCUGGUGGUCUCCACUGGUCAUGGGAACUACCAGGUGCUGAGAGAGGUGGUAACCCCCCCUGCAGAGGAUCACCUUUUCUUUGUGGACAUUGAUGAUUUAACCAUCAUCACUGAAGACUUAAGGGAUGCUAUCAUUGAGAUCAUUCGAGCAGAGAGGCUGCAGGUGAGAGAUGUCUCCUCCAACAGUGCAGUGCUACAAUGGAGACCUGUGCUGGCAGGUGCCGGGUACUACGAAAUCCGAUUUCGGCCCAUGCAAACUGGACAGACAGGUGGGGGAGGAGGUCCCGGCACUAGCCCUAGCAUCACGGGCGGCUCCUACCAGAGAAUCACCCGUCCGGGAGACUCCAGUUCAGCCAAGCUAACUGGCCUGCUCCCUGACACCACUUACACGGUCACCCUAACUCCGGAGACUAACCUGCAGGUCCUAAACUCACUCACCGCCACCUUUACCACACAGCCUGAGGUAAUGAGCCCGGCCGUGGUGACUGUAUCCGGAUCCAGCACAGACAGUAUACGUCUGAGCUGGGGUCCCCUGCAGCCUGACUCUGUACGCACCUACCAGGUGGAAUAUUCCCCUCUUCCCACAGGCAAACUCCAGGUUGUCACCCUCAGCAACAGGCAAAACUCCACGGUUCUGACCAACCUCCAGCCAGACACCCAGUACCUGGUCACUGUGAGCGCACAGCACUCAUCCGGACGGGAGAGGGCCAUGUCGGUGAAAGCCUGCACUCAAGAGGUGUUGCCAGCCUUAGCUGAUUUGCAGCUGACCACAGUGGGAAGUGACUCAGUACAGGUUCAGUGGAAAGGCGGUUUGGAAGGGCUUCGUGGUUACUGGGUUACUUGGGAAGGAGAAGCAAGUCUUGCAAGCCAGCGCUCCACCCUGUAUCUGCCACCCAGCACCCUGUCCACAGUACUGACUCGGGUUCCACCCAGUGCCCGUGUCUGUGUUUCUCCCGUUUACAAAACAGCUCGUGGGGAAGGCCUCUGUUGCACUGCUAAGUUCAACUCAGCUGCAGCAACCUGGAGCCACAGAAUUUAACUUAUGGCCCAACAGCAGCAAUGUCCAGAUGAGUGGAGUGGAUGGAAAGCAGAGGAGGAGAAGGGCCAGGCCAGACCACUGUCUCUGUUAUAGCACGUGUUGCCAGCUGACAUGUGCUCAAGGACAUAUAUCUUCACUAUCUGCACUGAAAAAAAGACA